AUGGCUGACAGCGAUACAGGCAUCAACGAGCCUUUACUUCCCCCAUUUCAACAAAUCACCUCCAACAAUCGAGGGCCCAUAUCUUUGGCCACGGCCAUUACGUUGGUCGUCAUCACAUCAUUGACGGUCGCCGUCAAGUUAUGGACGAGGCUCAGCACGACUCGAACACUUGGUCUCAAUGAUUUGGCGAUCAUAUUUUCUCUUUCGUGUGCCCUCGGGCAGACAAUUUCUCUGUGUCUAGCGGUCAAUGAUGGAUUGGGUCAACACGUAACGGAUAUAGCUGCUUCUGAAAUCUCUGAUCUCAGCAAGAAAUUUUAUGCUUCCAACAUCCUCCUGGUCUUAGCACUGACAGGUGCCAAAGCAUCCGUGACUCUGUUGAUCAUUGCCAUCAAACCUUUGAAAUCGGUCGUGAUCGCCUGUUAUGGAAUGCUUGUAUUCGUCGGUGUAUGGGGGGUCGCCAGUGUAUUCGUGUUGGCUUUUCAGUGUUUCCCCAAUCGAUGGGUACUUGGUCCAGACUCGGGUUUGGGAAACAACACUUGUAUCGACCAGUAUGCGAUGCAAGUUGCGAUCCGAUCUUUGGAUAUUGCCAGUGAUGUUGGAAUCGUUUUAUUGCCUAUCCUCAUGAUGCAGAAAGUUCAGGUCGCGCCCAAGAAACGAUUGGUGGUGAUGGCUUUGUUUGGUCUGCGAAUUGCUACACCCAUCCUAACUGCCAUCACUAUCCUCUCAUUAGACGACUUCUAUCAUUCAACGCCUCAAGAUCGUCCCUGGAACGCAAUCACACCUGCCAUAUGGACAUCCGUCGCUCUAAAUGUCUCGAUUGUUACAGCAUGUAUACCAUCAAUUAAACGUUUCCUCGCCGACUGGGCUGCUGGUCUGAGCGGUGUCGUCAUAUCUGAACCCUUCGAACUCGAACACUCGGCCGGCAAGACCAAUCCUUCGGGCACCUAUAUCGGAGGAAGCGGAAUGGGAAGUAAAAUAGCCACCAAACUCGGACUGAGCUCUACCAGCAAGGCAGAAAUAACUUCCACAAGAAGUUUAGGUGACAUGGGCAAUCAAGGAGCUAUCAACCUGGAGACACGUCCGCGCAACGGCGGUCGGAAGGGCCAAGUUUCGCACGAUACAUCGGAGAGUGUUAAGGGCCUUACGGAUGGUGUCAUUAUGCACUCGAUCGACUAUCGAGUCGAGUUCGAAGAUCAGCAUCCCGGAAAUCGCAACGGCAGUUGCAGCUCCAGCGCUCGCGAUAGAUCGGAUAUAAGAUAG